GAAUGAGUAGCGCAUGGUGGGAAGUCAGAGAACCCGGCAGCAGCAGCAGCGACAUGGCCUGACAGUGAAGGUUCUCUUCAGCUGCCUUCCCAGCACAGGGUCAAGAAGAAAUGGAGGGUGAAACUGGAGAGGUCACCCCUGACCGUGUGAGCUUGAGAACGUCCGGGACCUUGGGUGCGUUCAUCUGUGGACCACAGAAGCUUAAGCUGAAAGAUGUUUUCACGUGGCGCCUCCUGAAAACAGUGGCUUUGGGUCAGGUCCUGUCUAUGCUGGUAUGUGGGACAGCAGUGACCAGUCAGUAUCUGGAGAAGGCUCAGGUGGACACUCCAAUGCUGCAGAGUUUCUUCAACUAUGCCCUGCUGCUUCUGACCUACACCACAGCCCUGGUAUUUAGGAAAGGUGAAGAGAGUAUUUUUCAGAUUUUAAAAUCAAAAUGGUGGAAGUAUCUGUUGAUGGCGCUCACAGAUGUUGAAGCAAACUACACAGUUGUGAAGGCAUACCAGUUUACUACACUAACAAGCAUUCAGCUACUGGACUGCUUUGUGAUCCCGGUGCUGAUGGUGCUGUCCUGGUUCUUCCUGAAGACUCGUUACAGGCUGCUGCAUUUUAUAGCUGUGGGUGUGUGUUUGCUUGGUGUUGGGGCGAUGGUGGGGGCUGAUUUGUUAGCUGGAAGAGACCAAGGCUCAAACUCUAAUUUAUUGCUGGGAGAUUGUUUGGUGCUGAUCAGUGCUGCUCUGUACGCUGUGUCUAACGUGUGUCAGGAGUACACAGUGAAGAACCUGAGCAGGGCAGAGUUCUUGGGUAUGAUGGGUCUGUUUGGGACCCUCAUCAGUGGUGUACAAAUGGCGAUCCUUGAAAUCAAGCCGAUAAUGGCCAUUAGCUGGGACUGGAAAAUAUGCCUGCUCUUUGUUGCCUUUAUGCUGUGCAUGUAUGGGCUGUACAGUUUCAUGCCUGUGGUGAUGAAAAUGACCAGUGCAACAGCAGUGAACCUCUCCCUGCUAACUGCUGAUCUCUUCAGCCUCUUAUGUGGCAUCUUUCUUUUCCAGUUCAAGUUCUCAGCCCUGUACAUUGUGUCUUUUGUGGUGAUCACCGUUGGCUUCAUCAUGUUUAACGUCGUGCCCACCUACACGCCAGAUCCGUCUGGAAACAGUGAGAGAGCUUAUCAGACUGUUGCCACUACAGAGGUCAUCCAGGCAGAGGGAGAAACCGUCCUAGACGUAGGUCAGGAGAAGCAUGUUGAGACGACCUGCAUUCAAAAAGAACCUUGCACUACGCUCUGCUCGCUGAAAUACAUGGUGUAAUUUAUGGCUCUACAGUGUAGAAUGUGGUUUUUAGAUGCCUCAUUUUGUGGGCAGUGCCUUUUUACUGUAACCAAAGGCAACAUGUGUUACUUUGUUGAAUUAGAUUUCAACUGUGUGCCUUUAUGCUGAAUUAUGUAAAAUGUUUUAUGAACUGGAAUCAGUGAGAAUGAAAAUGGCUGAGGUUAAUGUAGAUUAUUUCUCUCACAUUAGACACUAUAGUUGUAUUUUAUUUUGUCUGCUUCUCCUGACAAGGUCAAAUGUGGCCAACACUGCUUUAACUCUCUUAUUUCAUUUUGUUUUGAAUAUUUCCUAAAGUAGGACACAGUGUUUUAUGUCAUUAUAGUGGUCAGUGGUUUAUUUAAACAAUGCAGUAGUGUUUUCUGAUUUGCUAUCUGCCACAUUGGUGUGUAGUGGAUUAUCAUGGACAGUCAUUUUGAUGCUUUUUCCUGCAUUUAAAAGAACGGAAAGUCCUUGACUCAGAAUAGAAGCCCUGGGCAUUGUGUUUAAAGUGAAUGUGUUUUUGAUUCUUGUAGUACGUACAGGGAAAUACUUCAGAACGUUUCUGGUAGUUGGACAUAUGUUACAGAUACAGCAGAUAGAGAGAGAUGAGGUUGAAAAAUAUUGGAGUUUUCCUUUAAGUCUGAGCUGAUUGACUCAACACAAGUACUGAAAUGUCCUUUGCAUGACGUGCCAAUAUGAAAAGCAGCGCUGCUAUUAGUGACUGAAGGUGCUAAAAAGACAAAACAGUCUGAAAAGUUAUUUUGCUCUACUUUAACCAAUAUUUUUGUUGCAUUUUUUUAUAGAAGAUCAUUGCCUCAUGAAUGUACAACCUGUUAUUUCAUUGUCAUGAGCAUACAAUUCAGAACUCAGAACUACACAUAAGUUAUGUUUUUAUUCCUGAGUGUACUUUUUAGUGAUUAUAACAAACUGACCAAACAGUAAAGUUGUUCCUUUGCUUUAAGCAGUUGUUCUAUAGAUUUGAGAAAACACUUUUUUGUAGUAAUGUUUUUAAUAAUAUAAUAAAAUGUUGCAUUCUUAUUCA